AUUUCUGAUUGUCUGCUAAAAAAAGCCUCUCGAGCAAUCUCGUCUUUCUCGUGCCAUGGCGGAGGAAACGGGAAUGGGGGCGGAGCUGGCGUCGCAGGAGAGAGGAAGAGAGGAGGUGGAUCCAUCGUCGGAGGUCGAGGAAGGCGAGAUCGAUGACGAAGCCGUGGUAUCAUCGCCGGGGAGGCGUCCUGCGUCGGAACCUCUCCAGCCCCACCCGCUGGAGCACGCGUGGACCUUCUGGUUCGAUAAUCCCAGCGCCAAGGCUAAGCAGGCCGCCUGGGGUAGCUCCAUGCGCCCCGUCCAUACCUUCUCCACCGUCGAGGAUUUCUGGAGCCUAUACAAUAACAUCCAUCACCCAAGCAAGCUGACGGUUGGAGUAGAUUUUUAUUGUUUUAAGGACAAAAUUGAGCCAAAAUGGGAAGAUCCAGUUUGUGCUAAUGGAGGAAAAUGGACCAUUAGCUGUGCUAGAGGAAAAGCUGACACAGUCUGGCUAUAUACGUUGUUGGCGAUGAUUGGUGAGCAAUUCGACUUUGGUGACGAAAUAUGUGGAGUAGUUGUUAAUGUACGUGGGAAGCAGGAAAGGAUAGCUAUAUGGACGAAGAAUGCAUCCAAUGAAGCUGCUCAGAUAAGCAUUGGGAAGCAGUGGAAGGAGUUACUGGAUUCCAAAGAGACCAUUGGGUUCAUAUUUCAUGACGAUGCGAAGAAGCUUGAUAGAGGAGCAAAGAGUAGGUAUACAGUAUGAGUUAUUUGUUUAGAGUUGUCUGCUGUGUUAUCAAAUGAUUUAGAGUAUAUGAUAUGAACAUUUGGUAAUGUUUGUGAUUUGUGAGGCAAAAAUGUUGCCUUGUGGUUUGGACAACUUUGUUUGACUUACAUAUUCAGAAAAUAUGGACUUCCAUGCUGCUUCAUUUUUUCA